UUGUAAUGAUACUGACGUCAUAACGAAGUUGUAAUACUACUGACGUAAUGAUGACGUUGUAAUGAUACUGAUGUCAUCACGACGUUGCUACAAUGGUACUGACGUCAUGACGACGUUGUAAUAAUACUGACGUCAUGACGACGUUGUUGUAAUAGUACUGACGUCAAGACGACGUUGUUAUGAUAUUGAUGUCAUGACGACGUUGUUGUAAUGAUACUGAUGUCAUGACGACAUUGUAAUAAUACUGACGUGAUGAUGGCGUUGUAAUGAUACUGACGUGAUGGCGACGUUGGUGUAAUGGUACUGACGUCAUGGCGACGUUUGCGUACUGGUGUCAUGAAGACGUUGGUGUAACGAUACCGGCGUCAUGAUGACACUGUUCUAACGAUACCGACAUCAUGACGACGUUGUUAUAACGAUACCGACAUCAUGACGACGCUGUUGUAACGAUACCGACAUCAUGACGACGCUGUUGUAACGAUACCGACAUCAUGACGACGUUGUUGUAAUGAUAUCGACAUCGUGACGACGUUGUUGUUAUGAUACUGACGUCAUGGCGACAUUGUUGUAAUGGUACUGACGUCAAGGCGACGUUGUUGAUUGACAGCUCCAGGAUCCGGGGAUGGUAAGACGGGUGGAAAGUCACGUGACAAGUCCAGAAACAGAAAGCUGACGCCACAAGAUAACGAGACUGCCGAAGUCGUGGUGAUCAUCAACCCACUGAUGGAGGCUGCGGAGUAUAUUCCAGAGUUACAGAACUUGCUGUUGGCCGGAAACAGAAUCCUUGUCAACCUCAAUCUCGCCAGAAACCGGAUUACCGACGUCGGCGUGAUGGAGCUCACCAAAGCAGUGCAGUACCAGACAACGCUGAGUCUGGAGAAGAAGAUCUACUCCCUGGACAACAAACACACGGGCACGGGGCUGAUGCGGAUAUGUCUCCAUAAAAACAAAAUGUCUCCUGACAGUAAUGAGCUGAAGAAACUGAACGACAUGAUGGCGACGAAGCAUCCAUUUUACAAACCCCCAGCCACACCCGCCUCUUCAAUAGGGGGUCAGGAGUAGUGACGGUCACUCCCUGCUGAAACCAUGCACCAUCCCACAAAACCAGCACCAUCUCCGUCUGAGAAGCAAAGAGCAGAAGCGGUGGAUAAGUUCAACAACAGCGUAUGCACACCCACCGCUUCACAACCAAGUCCACUAACGAGGUCCAACUUAGUGCGCUGGAUGACAUCUUUCCACAACCAGACACAACCACAUCACAACCAGGUCCACUAACGACGUCCAGCUUAGUGUGCUGGAUGA